CAAACAUGCCGAACGUCUCAGGAAGAUGGGUGGAGACUGCCACGAGUGGAGCAAGCCCACACCCAUGCACUGACUAAAGGUCAAGUCGUGUAGGUUAUGGCUCAUGCACAUUCCAAACAUCCAGCAUCUCUAAUGUACCAGGCAAUGCCAAUGUAAUACAUACAUACCAAGAACUGAUCGUCCAGAACGGAUAGACAGAUCUCGAUCCAAUCACCUUCUAGUUCUCCAGAUCUCCAGACUUUCCACUACCGGGCAAAAUGAUGUGUGAAGUGAUGCCCACCAUCAACGAAGGGGACUCCAGCAGUUCCCAGAGAGGUUCCCAGAACGGCUCAGAUGGCGAAUCCAAUUUCGAGCAGCUGAUGGUGAACAUGCUGGACGAGAGAGACAAGCUGCUGGAGUCCUUACGGGAGACCCGAGAUGCCCUGGUGCAGUCCCAGGCCAAGCUCCAGGAGGCCCUUCACGAACGGGAUGCCCUCCAAAGGCAGAUCAGCUCCUCCCUGCCGCAGGAGUUUACGACAUUAACGAAGGAGCUGAGUGGAUGUCGGGAGCAGCUGCUGGAGAAGGAGGAGGAGAUCUCAGAGCUUAAAGCAGAGAGGAACAACACCAGGCUCCUUCUCGAGCAUCUGGAGUGCUUGGUGUCACGUCACGAGAGGUCUUUGAGGAUGACCGUGGUGAAGAGACAGGCUCCUCCACCCUCCGGAGUCUCCAGUGAAGUGGAGGUGCUGAAAGCUCUUAAAUCUUUGUUCGAGCACCACAAAGCUCUGGAUGAGAAGGUGCGGGAGCGGUUGCGGAUAGCCCUGGAGCGAGUGACAUCACUAGAGGGGCAGCUGGCAGCCACCACUCAGGAGCUGACCAUAGUGCGAGAGGGUAGAGAUGGAAAGACGAAUGGAAAUAAGCCAAACUGGAAGAGGCUUCCAAACGGCUCUAUAGACGUCCACGACGAUUCCGCUCGUUCUUUGGAGCUGCAGGAACUGCUAGACAAGGCCAAUAAAGACCUGGCGGCAAGUCGCGAGCGUGGCAACACGCUGAACGCCCGUGUAGCUGAGCUGGAGGGUGAACUCACCAGCGUCCGAAAGGAGCUGCUGAAGAACGAGGAGUUCAAUGCCAGGCACCAGAGAGAUAUUCGAGAGGCCAUGGCACAGAAAGAGGACAUGGAAAAGCGAAUCACAACGCUGGAGAAGCGCUACCUGGCUGCACAGCGUGAAACCACAUCUAUUCAUGACCUGAAUGACAAGCUGGAGAAUGAGCUGGCUACAAAGGACUCGCUCUAUCGGCAGAGCGAGGAGAAAGUACGGCAUCUGCAAGAGCUGUUGGAGCUGGCUGAGCAGAGACUCCAGCAGACCAUGAGGAAAGCCGAAACGCUGCCAGAGGUGGAGGCUGAACUGGCACAGAGAGUGGCUGCUCUUACCAAGGCAGAGGAACGUCACGGGAACAUCGAGGAACGCCUUCGACAGCUGGAGUCACAGCUGGAGGAGAAGAACCAGGAAUUGGGACGGGCUCGUCAAAGAGAAAAAAUGAACGAGGAGCACAACAGGCGUCUGUCAGACACAGUGGACCGUCUGCUUACCGAGUCUAACGAACGGCUGCAGCUCCACCUGAAGGAACGCAUGGCUGCCCUAGAGGACAAGAAUGGACUCAUCCAGGAUUUGGAGAAUUCCCAAAAGCAGCUGGAGGAGUUCCAUCACAAUAAGGAAAGACUAAUAGGGGAAAUCGAGAAGCUUCGGUCAGAGCUUGAUCAUAUGAAGAGAAGAAGUGGAGUUUUCGGAGACCCUCGAUCUCACCUGGGUAGUGCCACAGAUCUGCGUUUCUCCGUGGUGGAGGGACAGGGAGAUCACUAUGCCAGUACAGGAGUCAUUAGACGCACCCAGAAAGGGCGACUGGUAGCACUCAGGGAUGAGCCCACGAAGAUCCUACCGUUACUGAAGCAGGAGUGGGAGCGAUGCCAGUCAGCUGCCAGCCUCCGUGGCAGCCGCACACACCUGAUGGGCAGCGACACAGAACUCUCAGAGCUAGACGAUGAUGACCGUGACACAGUGUUCAGCGGAGGGGACAUGCUGUCUCCCAGUGGCCACUCGGAUGCCCAGACCCUUGCCCUUAUGUUGCAGGAGCAGCUGGAUGCCAUUAAUGAGGAGAUCAGGAUGAUCCAGGUGGAACGAGAGUCGGCCGAGCUCCGGGCGGACGAGAUCGAGAGCCGAGUGAACAGUGGCAGUAUAGACGGGCUCAACGUGACCCUGCGACCACGUUCCACCAUCCCCACCUCAGUCACAGCCCUCUCCCUCACUAGCUCCUCGCCCCCUGUCAGCGGGCGCUCCACUCCCAAGAUGGCAUCUCGUUCCACUGCCCAUGAGCUGGGAGUCAUGACCCUGCCAAGCGACUUGAGAAAGCACCGCAGGAAAGUCGCCUCUCCAGAGGAAGGUCGGGAGGAUAAAGCCACUAUAAAGUGUGAGAUGUCUCCACCUUCAUCGCCACGCAGUCUGAAACUUGAUGAGAUGAACUUUUCCCAGCUGACUGGAAGCCUGGAGGAUGGACGAGGGGGUAAUAAGAAGAAAGGUAUCAAGUCCUCCAUUGGUCGCCUUUUCGGCAAGAAGGAUAAAGGCCAACCGCUGAGCAAAGAUGGCCACAUAACUCCACCUGUGAUUCUAGAUUUUGAGAUGGGCAUCGGUGAUACCAUGACCCUGGGCAAGCAAGCUGAGAGAGACCGCCGGCUGAAAAAGAAACAUGAGCUUUUAGAAGGCGCACGGAGAAAAGGCCUCCCAUUCGCUCAAUGGGACGGCCCAACGGUAGUCUCAUGGCUUGAGCUCUGGGUGGGCAUGCCAGCUUGGUAUGUAGCGGCAUGUCGCGCCAACGUGAAAAGCGGUGCUAUCAUGUCAGCCCUGUCCGACACGGAGAUCCAGAGGGAGAUCGGCAUCAGCAACCCCCUGCAUCGACUCAAGCUUAGGCUGGCCAUCCAGGAGAUGGUGUCCCUCACCAGUCCUUCAGCGCCGCUCACCUCACGCACUUCCUCCGGAAAUGUCUGGGUGACUCACGAAGAGAUGGAGAACAUGGCAACCUCUACCAAAGCAGAUAAGGAGGAAGGAAGCUGGGCACAGACUCUGGCGUACGGCGACAUGAACCACGAAUGGAUCGGAAACGAAUGGCUCCCGAGUCUCGGCCUGCCUCAGUAUCGCAGCUACUUCAUGGAGUGUCUGGUGGAUGCUCGGAUGCUGGACCACCUCACCAAGAAGGACCUGCGUACGCAUCUUAAAAUGGUGGACAGCUUUCACAGAGCCAGUUUACAGUAUGGCAUCAUGUGCUUAAAGAGACUUAACUACGACAGGAAGGAGCUGGAACGAAGGCGAGACGAGUGCCAACAGGAUGUCAAAGAUACUCUGGUAUGGACCAAUGAGCAUGUGAUGAACUGGGUACAGACCAUCGGGCUUAAGGACUACAGCAAUAAUCUUCAGGAGAGCGGUGUUCACGGUUCCCUCAUCGCCUUGGAUGAGACUUUUGACUUCAGCAGCCUGGCUCUCAUCCUGCAGAUCCCCAUGCAGAACACACAGGCCAGACAGAUCCUGGAACGGGAGUUCAGCAAUCUUUUAGCCCUGGGGACUGACAGGCGUCUGGAAGAGUGCGACGAUAAGUCAUUCCGGAGAACCCCAUCGUGGAGAAAACGCUACAGACCACGAGAUGGCCAAGGCCUGGGCAUGAUGCCCGGCUCCAUUGAGACGCUACCUGCUGGUUUCCACCUCUCCACCAUGUCCAUUCCGUCCUCCAUGGUUGUCAUUCCCAAGAAACAGCUGCAGCCUGAAGCAGGACCCCAAGCCCCUCAGAAACUUGACCCGUCCACAAUCAGGACUUACUCCUGCUAACUCUGCAUUACUAACUACACUCAUACUACCAGUGCAUUCCCACUACCUGUACGGACAAACGCUCGCGGCCUUUCGAGAGUGAUAUGCCAAAUUCACGGAGAAACGUAAAGAAACGUCGUCCUGCCGGACGUCCCAGUGCUAUUACGGACAUGGUGCAAUGGGGGAAAUGUAAAAAAAAAAACGGGAUAAAAUGUGAACUGUUUAACGCAUUUGUUGCGUAGCUGCUUUUAGAGGAGAUAUAUCGUCAUGUUAGUCACUUUCUAGUAACAACAAGUUAUUUAGUCAUUGUGAUGGUCGUUUUGAGCUGGUGUACUUGACCCGGUGUACUUGACCCUCGUCUGUCGGUUGUAGUCCACUUCCCUGGGUGUGUCGAUGGCCAUUUACGAAGCCUCCCCUCUCUGGUUAUGCAAGGUAUUAAUCAGUGUCUAUGUAUAUAAAAUGAAUUCUAAUUGUUUUUUUAUAUUUAAUAUAUAUAUAUUAAUGCAUAUAUUUAAAUUAUAUAUCAAGAAUACUAUAAUAUGAUGACACAAAUAUCGAAAACCUGUCGAAGUUGUGACUGUUCCUGUUUGUCUGAUAUAAUAGUGGUAGCUAUGGUUCUGGACCUAUUUUUGCUGACCAAGGGCCAAUUCUGUCAAUAGUUUGUGGCCACCCAACACCACAUCUGUGUCUGCUAGUAUUGAUAUUGGGGUAACUACUUAACUGUUGGAAACUAGAUUGUGAGGUCAGGCACUGAUGUGUUUUGAUUACCAUCCUCACUUGGCACUAUUGUAUCAAAACCCUGAUUUAUUUAGGCUGCUCAUUGUUCAAGCAUUAUUCAUUACUUCCCAAUGCUCAAAAGUAUGAAGGAUUUGUACCUCUUUAAUUGAGCAUUUUCAUCUUAGACUUGGGUGCCACUGCUUUGCCAAGGAACCCUAACCCUAACCCUAUCCCUAACCCAAACCCUAAACCCGAUACUUGUUUGUGUAGUCAGUGUUGCAGCUGAGAACUUGAACAUGAACACUAAUUACUAGGGAUGUCCUGAUCCAAUCUCAAAGAUCGGAAUCGGGGCCGAUCAAGGCAUUUUUUAACUGAUCGGUAUCGGCUUUACUAAAGCCGAUCCUUUGUUUUACGUCUGUGUGGAAAUACUUUAAAUUGGAAAGUGAAACAAGUCCAACAGCGAAGUGUAAUGUCUGCAAUGCGAGUGUUUUACGAGGCGGUAGGAGCAGAGCUGCGUUCAUUACUGUAGAAUUGUACUAUUUAUAUGGUGUGAGUCAAGAAUCAAGAUCAUUCCGGUUUACAAAACAACGUAGUGAUGCACUUGCUUAAUAAAGAAAUAAAUACACGGUAUAUUCACAAAUUGUCGGGAGCAUAACACUUUACUAACUUCUUCUGUUAUGGUACCGAAUAGCGGACAGCUAGAGUCAUCGUGUUAGCCAAGCACGCUAUUCCAUGCACUGUGGAAGCCCCAAAGGGUCAAAACGCACUCACUUCGCAUAGAAACGUCCAUCAAACACGGCAGAGAUGCUGAUUUUCCUCAAAAAGAACCUUCACUUCAUUUUGAGUGUUCUAGUUUUACUACUACAAUGCUGC